AUGGCGGGCAGUGAGAACGGCGUCUCGGGCGUGCUGGGCAAGCUGAUGCCGACGCAGAGCGAGGACAGUGGUGCGCCGAAGAAGAAGAUGAGCCGCCAAAAGGCGCGGCUUGCGCGCCGCGACGCGGCCGCCGCGCAGAUGCGUGCGGACGCCGAGCAGGAGGUUGUUGACGAAAACAACCAAGAGGCCGCGGACGAGGCCAAGGCGCUGAAGGAGGCGUGCGACGAGCUGGAUGUGACGCUGUGCGAGCUCAAUGUGCGGUACCCUGCGCAGGAGCCGUACACGUACGACAUGCUGCGCAUGGCCGCUGCGCGGUACAUGCGCCAGCACAGUGCCGACUUUAUGCCGUUCAUCUCGGACCUGGACGAGUCGCAGGCAGGCGUCCAGGGCGAGAACACUGCCGAGUCCAAGUUCCUGCAGUACUGCGACGCGAUGGAGUCGACGUCCGCAUGGGGCGGCCAGCCCGAGAUCCUCGCGCUCUCCAAGGUGUUCCACACGCCGAUCCACGUCAUGCAGCCGGGCAUGCCGAUGGUCAAGAUCGGCGACGAGUUCGACAAGGCGCCGCUGCUUAUCUCGUACCACAUCAAGCUCUUUGGCUUGGGCGAGCAUUACAACUCGCUGCGCCCUGCUUCGCACUAA